GCUACUGAAGCCGGUCCCAUACACAGAAGCGUGCAACCUCAGAGAGACAAGGUGAAUUACAACACAGGAACUAAAUGACCUCAGCAAGGAUCCACAUGUUGGUACAAUUGCAGUCUUCUGUUUUUUGCAGCACUUCCUGAGAAAAUAUAUUUUUAGACACCAGGCACUUAAGAUUAAGCCAAGGAUUUUUUUUUUUUUUUUUAAGACUACUCUGAACGUGGCAAGUUGGACUGCAGACUGCACUGGGAACUAAGGCGUAAGUUUUCUGUCAUAGACAAUUGUCCAAAGAGGUCUUAUCUGCAAGGAAUAUCUUCUAAAAUGAGUGGCUGUAGAAAACGCUGUAAGCGGGAAGUAUUCAAAUUUGCCCAAUACCUCUUCAGGCUUAUCACAGGCACACUUCACACAGACAGCGUCGAAGAUGAAUUGGAAUUGGCCACUGUCCGCUACCGUCCUGAGGGCCUGCAACAGCUGGAGGCACAAACACGAUUUACAAAGAAGGAGCUUCAAAUCUUCUACAGGGGAUUCAAAAACGAAUGUCCCAGUGGGAUCGUCAAUGAAGAAACUUUUAAAGAGAUAUACUCCCAGUUCUUUCCACAGGGAGAUUCGACUACAUAUGCACACUUUCUGUUCAAUGCAUUUGACACAGAUCACAACGGCUCUGUGAGUUUUGAGGAUUUUGUCUCGGGUCUUUCAAUUUUGCUGCGGGGUUCGGUACAAGAGAAGCUUAAUUGGGCUUUUAAUUUGUACGACAUAAAUAAAGAUGGCUACAUAACUAAAGAGGAGAUGCUGGACAUUAUGAAAGCUAUAUAUGAUAUGAUGGGAAAAUGCACAUACCCUGCCCUCAAAGACGAAGCCCCCAGACAGCAUGUGGAGAUAUUCUUCCAGAAAAUGGACAAAAACAAGGAUGGAGUAGUUACCAUAGAUGAAUUUAUCGACUGCUGCCAAAACGAUGAGAAUAUAAUGAGAUCCAUGCAGCUCUUUGAAAAUGUCAUCUAACAGGGUGUUUACCAGCAGCACUUUAAUGGCCAGCUCCCAGAAUUAUUCAGAGAAUACAUUACAAGACUUACGACUUCGUACAUACUUAAACCACUCAGCAAUAUCCUGAGCUAUAUAUAUUAUGCAAAUAAGCUUUGUUGAAAUGUGAAGCUUUCUUAGUCAAUGUUUUUUUUUUACAUGGAUACAUUUUGUUUUACAUGUUUUCAUGUUCAAGCCUUAUAAAUGCAUCCCCUUAAAUAGAUCUGAACAUAUAGCUGUGCAACUGAACAGCAAAAGUCUUAGAAUAUGAUAUCAUCUUUUUAACUGUCAUACAAUACUGGAUUCAAGUCUGUGCACUAGACUAGAGUACCAAUUACCCUUCCUGGUAUAUUUGAUAUAAGCUUGCUUAUAUUUAUUUACAAUCCUUUCAAAUGUGGUAAAUAGACAACACUACACAUUUGUGUUUGUUUUUUGAACUGCUAAGUUACUGCUGUUAUGUUUAUAGGUGGUCAUUAAAAAUUGCCUUUUACUACCAUUGUGUAACAUAUAAUAAACUGACCUCAAUCUUUUAAUGGAAAUGAUCACAAGCUGUACAGAAUGUUGUUAGCACUUUUAAUUAAAAAAAAAAGAUUCGUUUCUGUUCAAUUACUGUGUCAUGUCUCAGGGUGUCAAUAGAUUCUUGACA